CUGCGGCUGGAGGAGCUGAAGCCCUUCGUGCCGCCGGCCUGGAUGACCGAGAAGAUGCAGAAGCACAUGGAGACGCUGCGCCGCGGGGGGGACGCGCCGCCCCCCGAGGGCCCCCCCGAGCCCUGAGCCCCGGCCCCUGCAUCCCAAUAAAAGCCGCUUCGCACUCGCCUCCGCCGCCUCCGGGGAAGGGGGGUCUGGCCCUUUAAGAGCCCGCCGGGACCGGGGCUCCGCCUCACGGGGCGGUGGCCAAUCAGCGGCCGCUCGCCGUUACCGUGGCAUCGCAUCCCCGGCGAGCGCCGAUUGGUCGGGUCGAACCGGGCUGCGCGCUGAUUGGUGGAGAGGACGCACUUUGCGUACAUUCAAACGGGGCGCGGGAGCGGGGCGGGACUGGACGCGGCGAUCGCUGCGAGCAGCGUCCAGCGACGGACCCAGCACCGGGACCCCCAGCACCGGGACCCCCAGCACCGGGACCCCGCCGCUGCGAUCCGGGUCCAGAGCAGCCGCGGGUGGGGAGGGAGCAGAGCGGAGCCCAGGGCGGAGACGCCCGGGAGCGGGACCCGCGUCCAGCGCCCGCGAACCGGCGGGCAGCGGCGGCCGGAGCCGCCAUGGCCUCGCAGAACGCUGACCCCGCCGCCGUGCCCCGCAAGGCGGCUGAGGCGGGGGCCACGGCGGCCCGCGGCUCGGUGGGGAAGAGGCUGCAGCAGGAGCUGAUGGCGCUCAUGAUGUCCGGUGACAAAGGCAUCUCUGCCUUCCCCGAGUCCGACAACCUCUUCAAGUGGAUCGGCACGAUCAACGGCGCCGCAGGCACGGCCUACGAGGAGCUGCGGUACAAGCUGUCGCUGGAGUUCCCCAGCGGGUAUCCCUACACUGCACCCACGGUGCGGUUCCUGACCCCCUGCUACCACCCCAACGUCGACACCCAAGGCAACAUCUGCCUCGACAUCCUCAAGGACAAGUGGUCGGCCCUCUACGACGUCCGCACCAUCCUGCUCUCCAUCCAGAGCCUGCUGGCAGAGCCGAACAUCGAGAGCCCCCUGAACACACAUGCUGCCGAGCUCUGGAAGAACCAAACCGCCUACAAGAAGUACGUGCGGGAGACGUACGCAAAGCAGACCCACAGCCAGGACAACUGACUGGCACCACCACAUCCCCCGGUGUCCCCCCGCCCCUGCCCAGCCGCUGCCCCGGCUUCUGUAUCAUAGGCUAUUAUUAAAUUAAUUUCGCAGUCUGAGCCACGGUUAAUGUAUAAAUAAAUGCAUGUUAAUAA